GCGGAACGUUUCUCUCGCGUCCCUUGUACCCCGCGUCAGGUUUACAGUGACGGACCUUGCUUGGGAUGGGACGGAAAGGAAGAUUUUCCAUGACAAUAGCCAAACAAAGCACUGGGUGAUACUCAGACCGUAAAGCAGAGGCCCCCGGACAGGGCGAGAGUCACGGCUGGUUACUGAGGGUGUCCCAUGCUAUAGAGCCCCGGAUCCCCUGCUCACACCGUGCUGUUACCGAGGGCCCCUGCCAUGGCUGCCCCUGAGGUGCUGGAGGAGUUCAGCUCCGGAGAGGUCUGCUCGGGGGGCUGCGGGGACAUCGCGGAUUUCCUCCAGGAGGAGAAGGCGGAGGAUGAGCUCAGGGUGACGUUUGAGCAGGCGGCCCAGCACGCACAGAAACUAGCCCACGUGGCUAGCACAGAGCAGCUCCUUUACCUGUAUGCCAGGUACAAGCAGGUGAAAGCGGGAAGGUGCACAACUGCCAAACCUGGAUUCUUUGACUAUGAAGGGAAGAAAAAAUGGGAAGCAUGGAAAGCUUUGGGUGACUGUAGCCGUCAGCAGGCCAUGCAUGAUUAUGUCAGCGCCGUGAAAAAACUGGAUCCUGACUGGGUCCCAAAGGCACUGGAGGAAAAUGUUGAAGAUGUAAGAACGCAAACAUUUGGAGGUCCUGUAGUCAGCUGUCUUUACCAUGCUCAAGAGACUAUUAGGGAGGAAGAUAAGAACAUAUUUGAUUACUGCAGAGAAAAUGACAUCACACGAGUCUCUCAAGCUUUGGCUACUGGGGCUAUUGACGUUAACGUAGCAGAUGAGGAGGGACGAAGCCUCCUGCACUGGGCUUGCGAUCGGGGCCUCGGGGAGCUAGUGUCAGUUCUUCUAUUUCAUAAUGCUCACAUUAAUAUGCAGGAUUCUGAAGGACAGACACCUCUGCAUUAUGCCUCUGCCUGUGAGUUCCCGGAUAUAGUCGAUCUUCUCCUUGACCAUGGUGCUGACCCUUCUCUCGUUGACAACGAUGGUUUUCAGCCACACGAGGCAACAGACAGCAAAGAAAUCUCUAAUAUGCUGCUACAGCACUCCUCCUACGGCGAACACGACAAGCCCCCCAGCCUUUCAGAAAUCCCAAAAUAAAUCUCAUCCUGCAAAUUCACCUGAGGCCUCAUCUAGUCAUUUUCUAGGACUUUCGUUUUUGUUUUCUUUCAUUCUUGAUUGCCUCCUUUUGUAACUCUGUAUGUAAGAACAUAUGAAGAAGUCGAGUGCUUUUUUUUGUUUUGGUUUUAGCUUGCUCGUUUUCGGAGCAUAAAAUACGAACUGGCAAAAA